GAAGCAGAGUGUGAUGGAAGUGUGUUUAUUCUCUCUGUGUGCAGCUGAGCUGUGGCCAUCGCUGUAAGCAGGUGUGUCAUCCAGGAGUGUGUGAGGAGAAAUGUCAGCAGAAGGUGAAGCUCCGAUGUCCCUGCAAGAGGAUCAAGAAGGAGAUGCCGUGCGCUCUGUCGGCUGAGUGUGUUGUUCAGUGUGACGACGCCUGCAAAGACCAGCAGAAGAAAGUCAGCCAGAUGAAGGAGGCGGAGCAGAGAGCAGCUGAGGUGGAGGAGCAGAAGAAACUUCAGGAGGAGCUGGAGGCGUUCGAGAAGCGUCAGCAGCGAGGAGGUCGGAGGAGUAAGAAGAGGGGGAGGAGGGAGGAGGUGGAUGAUGAGGAGUCGAGGGCGCGGAGGUGGUGGAGGAGGUGCGCCGCCUACGUCCUCGCCCCGUUGGGCGGAGCUCUGCUUUCCGCCGCCGCCUACUACCUCCUCACCACGCCCUGAGCCGACACGUCAGCAUGCGUGUGAUAAAGGAUAAUGUUUCUACUUUCACUCUACUGUCUUCAGAUGUUUCGUUCUCCUGCUGCCUCCACUUCUGUUUCAUUUAACCCGUCCUCCUGUUUCAGACCGCUCUUUGUGAUUUUGGUUUAUCUUCUUUCGGUCUCAGAUUUAUUUUGCUGCUUGAUUCUCUAACUUGAUAUCAGUCCUUGUGUUGAGCUGUUUUUCUUUUCAGAGUAGGAGUAGCUUUAGUUUAGUCCCCAUAGCAACACAAGCUCUACUAAAACAACAAAAAACUACAUCAUCCAGACAUCUCAAAGUCAUUAAUUAGUGUUAAAUUGCUGAACUAGAGCUGAUUAUUUUUAUAAUCGAUUGUUCUAAUAAACAGUAAAAACAAAGAAAAGUAAGCUGGAUCCAUCACUUUCGUUUUGCUGUCGGUUAAUUAACGGACGCAGCUCCAGUCCGAACACACGUUUUUAAUGCUUCACAGAUGCUUCGUUACCAACUUACAGCCUCUGAGAAAUGUCACGGUUAUCACAUCUUAGCACACGGCAGUGUAAAAGUGGUUAACGUUUUGACUACCUGGGAUUGUCCCCAGUUGUGUUGAGAAGUUUUGACUCACUGUGAAGAGCUGCGCUCGUCUGUUAGCUCACUAGCUACACGUUAGGGAGUGAAAUCUGAAUCAUUUUCAGCAGAUACAAUAAACACAUUUGUGAAACCAGCUUUUUGCAAAAUACAAACCUCCGUUGUGUUUCUUGUUUUCUCUGUGUGGUAAACUCUAAAAUAUGAAUUUAAUUUCAGUAAAAGUGAUUAUUUCAGGAUGGCGAGCACAUUCUUGUAAUGUUUGACCAACAAAGAGAGAGUGAACACUCUGUACCACAGAUCAUCAGUAAAGUAUAUUGAUAUGA